AGGAGCCUCCAAGAACUACAUUCCCCAGAAGACCAACUAGCGUCCCUCCCUCCCCUUUGCCUGAGAGACUACGUUACCCAGAAAGCCCAGCGAAGGAGAACGGAGAACUACGUUACCCGAAAGGCUUUGCGAGGACUAAACGCUGUCGUGGCGUUCGUGGGGUGAUCUGUAGUCAGAGUUCGGAAAGGUCGCGCCCCCCCACUUUUCCCUGCCUCGUUUCCUUGCCGGGGUGGAGGGUCUGAAAGCCGACCCCAAGUAUCGUCCUCGGGUGCUGGGAACAAGGCUUCACCUCACCCGCUGCGGCGGGGUGGGAGUUCACGGAGAGCAAGGAUGAGGCGGGCCGGGCUAAGUGAAGGAGCUGCUGGCAGCAAUUAUGGCUAUACCAAUAGUGGGUAUAGUGUAUAUGAGGAAGAAAAUGAAAGGCUAACUGAAAGUUUACGUUCAAAAGUCACUGCCAUAAAAUCACUUUCUAUUGAAAUUGGAACUGAAGUUAAGCAGCAAAAUAAAAUAUUAGGUGAAAUGGAUAAUGAUUUUGAUUCAACGGGUGGAUUUCUCGGCGCUACAAUGGGCAGACUGAAAACCCUCUCCAGAGGCAGCCAAACAAAAAUCUUAUGCUACAUGAUGCUCUUUUCACUGUUUGUCUUCUUUGUAAUUUACUGGAUUAUUAAACUGAGGUGAUAUAAAUUCUCUAUCAUAAACUUUAUAGUUAGUGCCACUUGAGACCUAUGAAAAGAUAUCUGUGAAAAUGGUAAAACUAUUUUUUGUAAAUUGCAUCAGUGCAUCUGGUUCUGUUUUGUGCAUUGCUCAGUGUUUAUUGGAUCAGAAACACUUUCACUUAAACCCCCCCUUUUUGUAGGGUUCUUACACUGAAAUCUGCUCAGGUCUGAGCACCUUACAGGAAAAGUGUUUGUUAACUUUAGGUGUGGUUACAUUGAUAACUGCAGAAAAUGAAGCUUUUUUCAUGUCCCAAAGCGGUAUUUGUACUUUUUACCUAAUAAUGCUUUUCUAUCAAAGUUGUAACUACAAUAAAAAGCAAUGUCAUUUGAUCAUGUUAUGUAUAUAUUAUACGGAGGUUUUUAAAAAAUGAUGCGAUCCAACCAAAGUUAAGUACUAAGCUUGUGCUUUGCUUUCCCACUGAAAUCCCUGAGGUUUAACAGUAUUUAAUUUUGGUUGGAUUGUGCCUAUAGAAGUCUGUUCAUUCUUGCAGCAGGAAUGUUGAGAGUGGUAGAAUUGCCAACUUUCUGAAUUCCUUAAGUUGUCUUGUGAUCAUUGGAGGGAGUGCGGGGGCAAGGUGGAAUAGGCAGAAUAGGCAGUCAGCCCAGUUUCACGAGGGUGGUUAUGAAAGUUGGCUUCUGUCUGCAGAUCCACUCCUGGAUCAGCUUGUGCCUGAGUCCAUGCCUUUGGUUCUGUUUGCUUGAUGGAGAUGGUUGCCUAGUGCCAAUAGUUUUAACAGCACUAUCUACUAGCCUGGUGAUUCUGUGCAUGUGAAUUAGUGAAAACGUUGGUAGUCCAAAAAUACUGCUGACGACUUAUGUUUUUAGUUGGAUCAUUGUUUUGUUGGUCAUUCGUAUCCCUUGAUGUCACACUAGAUUGAAAAUUAUGGCAUAAAGAGUGUGAUUGUUUUGUUCUUGCAGUAUAAAACCAUCUUCUAGAGUACUGAGUUUUUAUCAAAAGUCAUUCGUAACCAAGCUGUUAGUAUUGUAAAGAGCACAUUCCAAUCAAAGCAAUAGUUACAAGCUUAAGAUUAUUUGAAGAUUCUCAGAUGGUUGUGUAGAUCCUCCCGCCCCCACCCACCCCCCAAAAAACCCAGCUGUGGAGUGCCAACAAUUCAGUAAGAAAUAUUUCAUUCAUGUAGAUUUUCUGCUACAUGAGCUGCCUGUAGACUUGUGUGCUGCAGCAACAAAUAGCAAACAUAUGACCAGUGAGUGUGCUGUUUUAUAAAUACCAACAUUUCUUCCCCUUUUGAACAGCUUUGAUGCUCCCUUUGAAGCCUGCAACAGCCCCACAUUAUGUCUCUGUAACAUUGUGCAAUAUGUCAGCCCAUGUUUUCAACAUGGCCCCUAUGCGCCUUAGAGUUGGAGUGCAAUUUGCUAAGGUGGAAAAACCUACCCUCUGCUUUGACAGGCUCCUCCAAAACUGGCUGACCUGGAGACCAUCCACUGUCAAAAUUUGUGCUCACAUGUCCCACAACUAGCAGUUGUGAAUACUGGUAACUAGAAUUGUUUGGAAACUAAGUAUGAAUUUAGGAUCUUGGCAGCACAAAGGAUGACAACCAGGUUGCAUUUUCCAAGUCUACAUCAGAAGCACUGGGACUUGUGCUGAGGGGAUCAACCAAAUCACAGCCAAUUUGAUAUGUACUGUAUCUUGGAUGUGAUGACUCUCAGGAUCCCAUUCACAGAUGUUGAGUAGAGAUCAGGUUAUCAAAUCCAGCUAUUCCUAGGGUUCUUAUGUUACUAGUUUGCCAAAUUUUGAUGUAGUUGUAAUAAACUCCCUCUAUACAUAUGUGAAAGAAUAUGCUGAAACGUACUGGUGUGAGCAAGAAUGUCUCCAUGAGUUCAUACAUAUUUACAGCAAAGCAUUUUAGAACAACCUUCCAUAGAGAAAACUUGAUGUUAAUUUUUUUUUAAGUUCAGUGGAACAUUUCUUGAUUUGUAGUUUUAAUCUGUUAUAAAACAAAAAUAAAGCAUGUUUGAAAGCUUUUAGCCAUU